AUGCCAUCGUCUAACGAGAGUGUUGUCACCUACCUCCAAGCGCCCCAGUUCGAUGCCAAUAGACAGCGCCGCUCGCGGACUAAGUUCAGCCCUUACGCAUGCGCGAGACUAGAGACCGCGUACGAAACGAACCACUACCCCGGCAUCAGUGAGAGAGAGGAACUGGCCCGUGUGACUGGUGUUGCAGAAGACAGAGUUCAUGUCUGGUUUCAAAACCGUCGUCGUCGCGUUGUCCCCAAACUGUCGUUCCAAGACCGCAAAAGGCUGCUGGCGUCCAAAGUCCUCCGACCACAACAACAUGCUGAUGCUAUUGGAGCUAAACGUCUCCUUGAUGACGAAUUUCGUCAUGGCCCGGCCAAAGAUGAACAUGCAGAGAAGAAACCGUCGCCACAUGUCGACGAACACUGCAAGAAAAAGCUGAAACGUACCACCGCACCUCCCGAGAGUAUCCGUCAAGAGAACGCUACGCCAAGCCUGUCUACUACUGACACUAUUCCGUCCUUACCCAUGUCUGACUUCGCUGGGACGUCGUUCUUUGGAACGCUGUUGUCAACUAUGCCUUUCACGUAUGCCUGUCCGCGAGGAUCGGUCAUGGUACCGAUGUUGCCUCCGAUUCCCGACGCCAUGACGAACCCUGUCGCAUUCCGAGCACCUUCAGCCAUGUCUUCAGUUCCGAGAGUACGAAAGCAUCCCGUUCCCGCUCAACAGAGUAGCUGCCAGUCUUUGCUUCCGAAGUUAGGCAGGCCGCGAAAACGAAAUGUCCGGCCAACUCCACCGACCGAUGUUUUUUCGUCCAGAGCCACGCAGACCACUGAAGACCUCCAUCGACUGUUCGGACUUCUCGAUAAGUUCGCCGCUCACAGACGACCUGUUCCGCGACAGCCAACUAGAGCCACCAGAGGACUCGAUUUGUCGACGCACCAACGCAGAGAGCCACAGCUACGCCAUCCCUUCGUGAAAGUAACGUGCGAAGUUUCCUCCGAUUCCACAUCUCGGUUACUGGACGAUUCUCUCGGAUCACAUGACCCUGUGUCUCCGAUCAGUGGUGUUUAUCCUCUUCACGCGGAUGCUGAUUCAAACGAAACUGAGCAAGAAGGAUCUUGCGACGCUGAUGAUGAAUAUAUUGACGUGUGCAAUUAA